CAUCAAACCAUAGAUAAGUCCUUCACAACAAUCUCAGCUUUCACUUGUUACAAACAACUUAGAAUCUCCACUAAACUCCCUCGAUCGAGUAAGAAAAAUCCUGCCUGAACCAUGGCCUUCCGCAUGCUUCGUAAUAUUCAUUCCAAGAAUUUUCUUAGAUGGUCUUCAUUGAUGAGAAACCAAACAACGUUAGAUAUUCCUAAAGGUCAUUUUGCUGUUUAUGUCGGAGAGGGUGAUAAGAAGAGAUUCCUUGUUCCAAUAUCAUACUUGAACCAGCCUUUGUUUCAAGAUCUGUUAAGUCAAGCUGAGGAAGAAUUUGGUUUUGAUCAUCCACUGGGUGGCCUCACAAUUCCCUGCAGCAUGAAUGUAUUCAUUGAUGUCACUGCUCAAUUGGGUGUAAUGUAGAAAGCAAUUUUGUAAAUUAGAGUUGUACAUUUUAACUAAAGUGGAGAAUUAUGCUGAUAAAAACCUUUGGGAGGAAAAUAAUGUUCCCCCAUGAAAGAAAUCUUUUCUGUUAGAAAAAUGACGUUGUAACAUAUUUUUCGAAAUGGAUUCCAUUCUUCAGCCUCA